GCUUCCUCCUCCGAUGCACUUUAAGUGCAAGACCAGGGCUUAGUAACAGGAACCUCGUUCUAUUGCAGGCGUGUGAAGGGACCAAGGGAAAAGCUAUGGAGUCUGGCAGCUCCGAUCUUCUGGACAUUCUCUUUGAGCAACGGGAAGAACUGUUCCCCACCGGCAGCUUCUCUGCAGCAGAUCCCAGACUCAGUUUCCCCCUCCAGGACCACGCGUACGGAUGCAUCCUGGAGAAACCUUGUGAGAUGUGGUCACCCAGCAGGGAGCAGGGCCAGAACGACAGCGACUCUGAAGACCUUCUGCGAAUGUUCAUCAACCCCAAUGACGUCUACAAUUCAGGGAGUCCCUUGGCCUCCCCGGAGAGCGACAGCGGGAUCUCUGACGACCCCCGUGAGGACACCCCCUUGCAAAACGAGGCUGUCCCACCAGACUUGUCCCCCACGGCCAUUUACGAGGUCAUCUGUGACACUGGGGUGAUAGAGGGGCACCCAAUGCCAGGGAACAUCUUCUCCAGCCACCUAGAAAACUGGACUCCUCCAAUAAUGCUUCCAGAGGCCUGCAUUACAAGCGAAAUUUCACCUACGUUCUUCGAAAACUUGACAAAACCCAACAUGGCAGAUCUUCCCAAGGACCCGGGCUCUUUCUUACAGCAUCACCUCCCUGGCUUCUUCCUGACGGACGAAGAAAGGCGGCUGCUGAGCCAGGAGGGCGUGUCAGUGCAAGGCACCCUGCCCCUCACCAAGGCAGAGGAACGGGUUCUGAAGAAAGUGCGGCGGAAAAUCCGGAACAAGCAGUCGGCUCAGGACAGCCGCCGACGGAAGAAGGAGUACGUCGAUGGAUUGGAGAGCCGGGUGGCAGCAUAUUCAGCCCAGAACCAGGAACUGCAGAAGAAAUUGCAAGAACUGGAGACGCACAACGUAUCCUUGAUCAGCCAGCUCCGGAAGCUCCAAGGACUCAUCAAGCAGACUUCCACCAAGGCGACCCAGACCAGCACGUGCCUGGUGAUCCUCAUCUUCUCUCUUGGACUUCUCAUCCUACCGAGCUGCAGCUCCUUGCUUGGGAGGACCCAGACAAGUCAGGAAGAGUACCAACCCUCUGGAGUGAUUUCCAGAACAAUCCUGACUGAGGGAGGACUGUCUGAUCCGGAAGAGCCCCCCGGUGCUGCCGAACCAGAAUCCGCUCUCUUGAAAACCGAACAGGUCCAGGAAGGUUCACUGGGUCUAGAUGCCAGCAGUGGAGAGAAAGGGGCCAAAGACAGUCCCUCUAGCAUCAGAGAGCCACUUGUGAACAUGUCCGCUCCAGGCCCCCUUGGGAACUCCGAGGCAGAAGGAAAGGAGGGCUUGCUGGCUAAAGCAGAGAAGCGCGAGCCUGAAAGAGACCCAGCCAAACAAACACAUGCGGAUGAGAUGUAAGAGCUAGAGAGGUUCUAUGGAAAAAGACUGUGGAUUCAAAACAUCUGAUCGGGGACUCUCUCGCAUGAUUUCUGCAACCCUUCUAGGCUGACGCAAGCAGCUACACAUCUCCCAAAGGCAGUCAGUUCAGCCAGUGAAGCAAGCAAACUCCUUGGUUUUUUGAAGGACACAGAGCCAGAUUCAAGGUAGUCUCUGCACACUGGAGAAGUGAGCUGUGAUUCACGAAAGCUCCUGCCCUACCACAAAUUUUGUCAGUCUUAUAGACGUUACUGGACUCUUGCUCUUUUCUGUCGCCACACUGGACUACAUAAACGCUAUCUUUCCUUAUUUAUGGGGGACGAUCUUCAUUUUCGGGCCUCCAUCUCCAAUAAAUCAAGGUCCCAAUUUUUUGCCUUUUAGCAACAACUUUUAAAAUUUUUGUUUCUAAGUUUGUCUCUCUUCGGGUUUCUGCCCCCAGAAGGUGAACCUCUGUGUUUGGGUUGUGGUGGGUGUCUCUCAUCUCUCAUGUGCAUCACACAUGGAAAUGUGCGCACGUGAACAUUAAGGCUAGCUGUAAUGCGCUGUCUGAUCAUUCACAUGCCAGCGAAGCUGAUUUUGAUUGGUGGAUUGCAAAUCACAGGACAAUUGCAUUUCCCCAGUUGUAGCUGUAACCAAAUGAACAAAGGCCGUCUUGAUUGUACAAACAGUACGGGGCUAGAUAUCGUGGAAUAAAAGAAUCCCACAGA